AAGGUGGACAGCUGGCCAAAAAGCGAAGGCAAAUUCUGCCAUGGGCGAUGCUUUGAAGGUGUUUUGCAUGGGCACAAUUCUGAGCUUCUGAUUGCCACAUAGAAAGUCGAGCACGUUAGGAAGCUUCAUCCGUGUGAUGUGAGGGUAGUUCUUUCGUGCUCUUGAAAGAUGGCGGUAAUGGUGGCAUCUGCUGGUUGCCUCACAGGCCCAGCUCCCAGUGUUAUGCGUCAAACCAAUGUAAAGAUAAGAACACCAACCACCUGCUCCAUCAAACCAACCUGUCUCCAGACCCCUGCUUCAGAUUUCUGCGGGACUGUUUUGAAGCCCGGAAAAUGGGGGUUUCGUUCCGCUGACCUUGCAACUUUCCUUCCUGCCAUUACGAGCUUUCAAAGCAAGCACAGGCAAAAUGUGCGAGUUAUGGCAGCAUCAUCAUCGGGCAAUCGACGAGGCGGCCGCCGUCAGUCCAGCUCUCCUAACAACCUUACGGACGCCCCCGGCCGCAGCCGAGACGACAGCACGCAGCGCAAGAUGGGUGGAAUUGUGGACCUAGGCCUCCCCGGGCCCCCCCUGAGAGUGUUUCCCAUUGGCGGGCUUGGAGAGAUUGGCAUGAACUGCAUGUUGGUCGGGCACAACGACCGGUACAUCAUGCUGGACGCGGGGCUCAUGUUUCCAGAUUUCGACGAGCUUGGCAUCAACAGAGUGCUCCCAGACACGCAGUUCAUCUCGCGCUGGAAGCACAAGAUUGAGGCCGUCUUUAUCACACACGGGCAUGAGGACCAUAUUGGGGCCCUGCCCUGGGUGGUGCCAGCCCUGGAUCCGAAGACCCCCAUCUUUUCCACCGGGUUCACGUACCACCUCAUCCAGCGCAAGAUGAAAGAGUAUGGGCUGUGGGAGCCCGAGCGUUUCCACACGUUCCGCAUGCGCGAGCGAUUCACGGCGGGGCCGUUCGAGUUGGAGCCCAUACGGGUCACGCACAGCAUCCCGGAUGCGUGCGGGGUGAUCUUCCGGUGCGAGGACGGAACGAUAGUGCACACGGGAGACUGGAAGAUUGACGAGAGCCCCAUCGACGGGGACAUCUUCGACAGGGCAGCUCUGGAGGAAGUGGGUCAGGAAGGGGUGACGCUGAUGAUGAGCGACAGCACGAACGUGCUGUCCCCCGGGCGCACCGUGAGCGAGUCCGAGGUGGCCAAGAGCCUCAUGCGGAGGGUCGCGGAGCAUCCGGGGCGCGUCAUCACUACACAGUUCGCGUCCAACGUGCACCGCCUCGGCAGCGUCAAGGCGGCAGCGGACGCCACGGGGCGCAAGCUGUGCUUCGUGGGCAUGUCGUUGAAGAGCUACCUGGACGCCGCCUGGAAGGAUGGCCGCGCACCAUUCGACCCCUCCAUCCUGAUCAAUGCCGGCGACCUCGACAACUACGCCCCCCACGAGUUGCUUAUCGUCACCACCGGCUCUCAGGCCGAGCCGCGCGCGGCCCUCAACCUGGCCUCCUUCGGCGGCAGCAAGAACCUGAAGCUCAACAAAGACGACCUCGUCCUCUACUCUGCCAAGAUGAUCCCUGGAAACGAGACACGUGUCGUUCGCAUGAUGAACCGCAUCGCGGAGCUCGGGCCCGCGAUCGCGAUGGGGCGCGGGGAGCGGUUGCACACGUCAGGACACGCGUACUCCGACGAGCAGGAGGAAGUGAUCCGGCUGUGCCAGCCGCAGCACUUUCUGCCGGUGCACGGCGAGUACGCGUUCCUGAAGGCGCACGAACAGCUGGCGCGGCAACAGGGGAUCCGGCAUACCACGGUCAUCAAGAAUGGUGAAAUGCUCGGAGUGGCCCCCCUCCGGAACAAGAACACGGUAACCACCGGUCAACUAGCCCUGAUGGGCCAACAAAACUUGAAGUUGCAAUACAACGACGGCGAUCGUGCGACGGGGUCGUCUCACGAGAUGGCGAUCGCCGAGCGGAUGCACAUCGCUGUCGAGGGGAUGGUAAUCGCCAGCCUCGAAAUCACGCGGCCCGCCGGCACGCGCGUCCUGGCGAGCGCGCAGCAAUACCAGGACGGAAAGGAGCCGUACGGGUUGAAGGCACGGAUACGCAUCACGACACGAUGCAUGUGGGUGGACCACGGAAAACUGCUCGGCGUCAUGCAAACCGAGGCCCAGCGAUGCCUGAAACGGAUCGCCGCGAACCAGCCGCUCUCGGUGAUCGAAAAGGAGGUGGCGCAGGCGAUCCGGGGGGCCGUCCGAAAGUACAGCAACAAGCGUCCGGACGUGGUGGUCAUAGCGUAUGAGGGCCAGUGGGCCGUCGAGGAGCCGAGCGUAAGCGGGCGCGCAGAGGAGGAAGUGCGGGCGCCCGGGAAGAAGGGGCCGAAGCUGGUCGGGGGGGUGAAAGAUAGGCCGCCCCAGGCGGGGGAAAUCGAAAAAGAAGUGCUUGCACGGGCGUUGCAGGAGACGGCGGGCGCGAGCGGGUCGGGGCGGGGGGAUCCCUCCGGAAACGGCUCGCGGGGGGGCGAUCCGGGCCUUCGAGCGGCGGAGGAUGUGCUGUUGGCGGGAACUUUAUCGGGGUUGGCGACUCGGCGGAGCGACGCGGCAGCCGUGUCGCCGAAACGAGAGAGAGUUGCGCAGAGGAUGACGGCGACCGCGACUUUGUCGCCGGACGGGGUGCUGGAGAUGAGCGACGGGUUGGACGGGGAGAAUGCGGGCGCGGAGCCCAAAGCGCGGGGCAACGGAGCCGCGCCGCGUGUCGCCGCGGGCCGGAGAACGGACGGGAGCAGUUCGGAUUCGGAAGAGGCGGCAGAGGACUACUUUCUAGAGGAUUGACGUGUAGUCGUGCCCACUGUGACGUCAGUCCAUGCACGCACUUCGAGAUGCUAGUAUCGUCUACCCACUUUCAUCGUUGUCUUGGUCGAGGAAUUGUGGUCACCUCAGUCAAGGAGGUCACGAUUACUUCAAACAAACGGUUGGAGAUUUUAAGCAUGACGGGUGAUUGCAAUCCGUUGCCGUUCAUACCCAACGGGCGGGUCUGGUACCCUUCUGCGGGUACCUUAUCAAUGUGGAUUGCAUU